AUGUCUCGCUUCGUGACUGCGGGCGGCGAAGACGCGCCUGUAGCUAAGGAUGCUGCGAAAGAAGAUGCUUGGGCCAAGGCUCAGGCUCAGAUCGAGGCGCUCCGUAACAAGUCAAGACCUCAAGAUGGACUACAGGAAGGCGGCAAGAGCCUGUACGAAGUUCUGCAGGCCAAUAAAGCCCAGAAAGAGGCGGCUCACGAGGAAGCGAUCAAGUUGAAGAAUCAAUUUCGCGCACUCGACGACGAUGAGCUUGAUUUCCUAGAUUCGAUCGACGAGAAACAGCGCCAGAAGGAGGCAGAAAAGCGGAGAGAAACGGCACUGGAGCUGGAAGCCUUCCGCAAGCAGCAGGCAGAUGCUGAAAAGCGGCUACAGAACACAACGACAGACGAUCCCACAGAUGGUGCCAAGCCUCCGUUGACAACGACCUGGCAGACCAAGAAGCGUCGAAGAAAAGACGACGGCAAGGCUGCGCCGAAAAUCAGAAAGACGUCAACGGGAGGUGAAGAUAGUCCGACGACGACAGAUGCACCGCCAACGGAGCCGAAAGAAGUGGCUGCUACGACGCCGGCACCUGUCGCGACUGCUACACCGUCUGCUCUGGCUGAUCCUAGCCUCUCAAGCCGGACACUGCAGCCCCAGGCGCAAGUCUAG